AUGGAGAAUUCCGACAAAUUCAACAGGUUUUCCAGCUGCAGGGGAGUUGCGUUCGAAAUCAAACCCCACCUCGACCCGUUUGCCGUCCCGGAGAGGGUCACCAACCCUGCCCGGAACUCUAGUGCCUGGCCGGGAGCCAACUCAAGUAGAUGGCUCCCGUUCGGGAGCAUCUCGAGGAUCUUCCCGUCCUCCGAGCUCAUCCAGAGGACCAUGAGCCGCACCAGCAGCCAUUAUUGUGACCUCGAAACUCAAGAACAAGAAGAAGACUGCGACACGGGGGAUGAAGACGAAACCUUAGCCAAAAUCGAGGAAGGCAACGCCCAAAACACCGGCAACCAAUCACCUCAGCCACUCCUCGUCCUCCCGCCCGCCGCCAGCAAACGCCGCCAAACCCCUACAAAACCAAAAACCUCGAGGCUCUCGGUCAUCCUCCUCGACCAGGGCCUCUUCACCGUCUACAAGCGUCUCCUCUUUGUCUGCGUGGCCCUAAACGUUGUGGGACUGACCCUCGCGGCAACUGGCAACUUCCCUUACGCCAGGGCCCGACCCGCCUUGUUCUCUAUCGCAAAUGUCUUCGCGCUCGUCCUCUGCCGGAGUGAGGCGUUCCUAAGGCUCGUUUUCUGGGCGGUCGUGGCCGCUUUCGGCCACUCGUGGGUCCCUCUUCGUCUAAAGACGAUGACGACGUCCCUACUGCAGUCGCUCGGAGGCAUACACAGCGGCUGCGGAAUCUCCUCCAUCGCCUGGCUUGUCUACGCCCUCGUCCUUGCUGCCAGGGAUGGCUCCGGCACGCCACCAGAGGCUUUCGGCGUGGCGGCAGCAAUCCUCGGUCUCCUCGCGCUGUCGGCGCUUGCAGCGUUCCCCCUCCUCCGGCAUCUCCACCACAACGUGUUCGAGCGGACUCACCGGUUCGCGGGCUGGGCCGCGCUCGCUCUCCUAUGGGCCUUCGCCUUCCUUACCGUCUCAUACAACCCGAGAACUGAAUCCUACCGCGAUGAGUUCGGGUCGAGGCUCGCCAGAAGCCAGGAGUUUUGGUUCACGCUCGCCACAACCGUAUUGAUCAUCGUGCCGUGGCUGACAGUGAGAAAAGUUAAAGUGCAAGUCUCGUCUCCUUCGGGCCAUGCCGCAAUCAUCAAGUUCGAUGGUGGGGUCAAGUCAGGGAUCCUCGGGAGGAUAAGCCCGUCACCGUUCUCUGAGUGGCAUGCUUUCGGGAUUAUCUCCGACGGCAAGAAAGAACACAUGAUGCUGGCGGGUGCGGUCGGGGACUUCACCAAGUCCCUGGUUUCGAACCCCCCUACACACCUGUGGGUCCGACAAGUGCACUUUGCGGGGCUGCCAUACCUGACGAACAUGUACGGUAGGGCUCUGUUGGUGGCAACGGGGUCGGGGAUUUGUGUGUUCCUGUCGUUCCUUCUGCAGCCCAGCGCAGCAGAGGUGUGCGUGCUGUGGGUGACAAAGGGAGUGGAGGAGAAUUACGGAGCGGAGAUCAAGGGGUGGAUGACCGAAGCUUCAAAGGCCGGAAGGGUUAUCGUGCACGACACGGCCGUGAUGGGGCGGCCGAAUGUGGCGGAGAUGAGUGUGAAGACGGCCAGGGGGUUUGGAGCCGAGGUGGUGAUCGUGACCAGUAAUCCAGAGGGGAGUAGGGACGUCGUCGACGCGUGCAAAGCUGCUGGGUUCGCAGCCUUCGGCCCCAUUUGGGAUUCUUGA